AGGUGAUUGGGGGGGGACGGCGUGACUGCAAUUUGGAACUACGACUCCCGGCAGGCUUCGGGCCGUAGUCUUCUGCGCUUGCGCAUUCGGUCGUCCCGGGGGAACAGAGCGUGGGUGGGGAGAUCUGAGCAACAGCCGGGAAGAGCGGCCUUGGGAGGCGGCGGGCGACGGGCGCUGGAGCCCUGUUGCCGAGCGGCCGCCGCCCGCCCAGUGACCAUGAUAGUGUUUAUCAGGUUCAACUCCAGCCAUGGUUUCCCGGUGGAGGUCGAUUCUGACACCAGCAUCUUCCAGCUCAAGGAGGUGGUUGCUAAGCGACAGGGGGUUCCGGCUGACCAGUUGCGUGUGAUUUUCGCGGGGAAGGAGCUUCGGAACGACUGGACACUGCAGAAGUGUGACCUGGAUCAGCAGAGCAUCGUUCACAUUGUACAGAGACCCCAGAGAAAAACUCUAGAAACCAGUGCAGCCGGAGGGGCCCUCCCCAGAAACACUGUGGGGGGUGCUGGGAGAGAGCCUGCAAGCUUGACUCGUGUGGACCUCAGCAGCUCCAUCCUCCCUGCAGACUCUGUGGGCCUGGCUGUUAUCCUGAAUAAUGACAGGGAGAGUGACCCCCCACCAGCUGAGAGUUCAGCAGGUAGACCAACUUACAACAGUUUUUAUGUGUAUUGCAAAGACCCCUGUCGAGCAGUGCAGCCAGGAAAACUCAGGGUACAGUGCAGCGCGUGCAAACAAGCAACACUCACCUUGGCCCAGGGUCCAUCUUGCUGGGAGGAUGUCUUAAUUCCACACCAGAUGAGCGGCGAAUGCCAGUCUCCAAACUGCCCUGGGAAUGUAGCCGAAUUUUUCUUUAAAUGUGGUGCACACCCGACCUCUGACAAUGAAACGUCAGUAGCUUUGAACCUGAUCACAGCAAAUAGUCGAGACAUCAGCUGCAUUACAUGUACAGACGUCAGGAGCCCUGUCCUGGUUUUCCAGUGCGACUACCGCCACGUGAUCUGCUUAGACUGUUUCCACUUGUACUGCGUGACAAGGCUCAAUGACCGGCAGUUUGUCCAUGACCCUCAGCUCGGCUACUCCCUGCCUUGUGUGGCUGGCUGUCCCAACUCCCUGAUUAAAGAGCUGCAUCACUUCAGGAUUCUUGGAGAAGAGCAGUACAACCGGUACCAGCAGUAUGGUGCUGAAGAGUGCGUGCUGCAGAUGGGUGGUGUGCUGUGCCCCAGCCCUGGUUGUGGAGCGGGUCUGCUGCCCGAGGCAGGCAUGAGGAGAAUUACCUGCGAGGGAGGCAACAGCCUGGGCUGCGGGCUUGUGUUCUGUCGUGACUGUAAAGAGGUCUACCACGAAGGUGAAUGCAGUGCCCAGUCUGAAGCCUCAGGAAUGAUUACUCAGGGCUACCGAGUUGAUGAAAAGGCAGCUGAGCAAGCUCGAUGGGAAGAGGCUUCCAAAGAAACAAUCAAGAAGACCACCAAACCUUGUCCUCGUUGCCAUGUACCAGUUGAAAAAAACGGUGGAUGCAUGCACAUGAAGUGCCCCCAGCCCCAGUGCAAGUUUGAGUGGUGCUGGAACUGCAGCUUGGAGUGGAACCGCACGUGCAUGGGUGACCACUGGUUCGACGUGUAGCUCCCAGCCGCCGGACACAGGCAACCCUCGUUUGAAACAGAGUGCAACCGUCGUCUGCUACUUUUCCUUUAGCCGCUCACACACACGCACGCACACACGCACUCAUGCGCACGCACACACACAUUUCAAGCUCUUUCCAAAAUCACAAAAACCAAAUUACAGAAGCAGCUUCCGGUAUCCCUUUUACCGUGUCCAUGAAAAACAGCAGAGCAGGCGGUGAGGCCCGUGAGAGGUGUUUUCAGCCUUCAGCAAUACACAGAUGUCCCCGCACAGAUUAAAGUGCGGUUCACUUGUAUGGAUUGUCAUUCUUGAGUAAAUUGGGGCCAGGCUGGAAAAGGACACGCAGAGAAGUUUCCCGGGUUCACCUUCCUGCGUUUUACCCACAGUAAAUAUUGUGUGGAGAAGUCAAUGGUGGGAAAUAGGUUUGUUUUGUUUUUUUUGGUUGUUGUUUUUGGGGGGUGGGACAGUUAUUGUCAGUGGUUCUAUGUAAGAUCGUUUGCAAAGGAUUCUCAAAACUAUAUGCAUAGCUUUAAGAGAGAUGCUCUUACUUAAAUUUUCAGAGCAUAUCCAUUCACAAAGGACCACAUGCAAUAGUCAAAAAUAUUUGCUUAUCCCUGAGAAUUUGGUCUUUAGAAGUUGCACUGAUGAAAUACCGACUGUGCAUGAGUCAGCUUGUCAACUAAGUGAGAAACUGGAGAGGUAAAUUGAAUGCUGAAUGUUUAAAUCACAGGAAGAAAUCAAAAUGUUAUGUACUUGCAUUCUGUUUAAUUAUUUGCAAUCUUAGAAAUUGUUUUUCUGAAAAUAUUACAAAAUUUUUGUUUUGAUUUUAAGUGCUCAUUUUGCAGCUUGGGGAAUUAGCUGAUACAACUGGCUUCAUCGUGAAUUUAAUGGGUAAGGGGGUCUAUGAGGGAGACGUGGUUACAUAGUGACCCUGAAUGUUAACAAAAGUGUAGAUUAUUAGAAUCUUUAAAGAAGUAGCGUUUCCAGGGCUAUCAGAAUUAAAACGUGCCUGAUUCUGUUUUGUUUUUUUUUUUUUUUUUGAUUCUGUUUAUAAGAAGGGUUUAUGCUUCUUCUGCACGUCCAUGCUGUUCCCCCAAUCUGCAAGCCCAGGGGGCGCUGUAUGUCCUGUGGCAAACUCACUGGACUGUUUCCUCGGUUAACGUGGCUUGGAGUGUUGGUCAAGUCACCAACUUUUUUUUUUUUUUUUUAAGGAUUAGCAAUAUAUCAAAAAAGUGCACACUAGAUGCAGCAUUUUCUACCACGUGGUGUGCAGAUGGAAAAGCACAGCUGCUGUCUGUUGUUAGAACUGAAUUACCUGUCUUCUCAGGAAGAUCACCCUUUGUAACUCAGGGCGUGAUGAAUCUCACGUGGAAUCCUGUUUUGAUUCAGGGAUUCUGCAAAUUACGGGAUCCUUAGCAGGGCUUCUGUUUUUACACAUAGCACCGGAAGUCCUUGCUUAGGGGAUCAAGGGAGUGACCGCCCUCAGAAAAUUUUCCAGGGUCACAUCCCUAGGGUGACUGUCCUCUUUCCUUAAUGCCUCAGUUCACCUUGGUCUUUCAUCCACCCAGGGCCAGCCUUUCCUGCUCUCCCUUUUCCCUCCAGAGAUGCUGUCCCUGGGCAAGGUGGGAUAUUGUCGCAGCUUCAUUGGGUUUCAUGGCUCAGACAACCCCACUACGGCAACAUGACCCCAGCCACCCAUAUCUACAUCAGGAAGGCUAAAGAUCCUAGAGAAAGAAUAGAGAGCUCCACGUCUACAUGACGGGAGAUGCAGAACAUGACCAGGCAUGAUCCCUGUGGCAGGUGUCAGGUGCUGAGUCUUGAAUCUAAUCGAGACCUGAUUUUAAGUCACCGACAAUCCCAGUGAAUAGCAGCUCCUGAUGUGACAACUCCGACGGCUCCCCCCUGUCAGGUGGAGCACACGGCAUUCUGUAUCAUCCACAGCUUUGCUUGAAAAUCAUGUUUUAACUAUUGCCUCCUUCCAAAUUCGUGUGGUUUGCUGGGUUUGCCCCAUGUUUUAGCAUAGUUUCUAGAGCUGUUUGGCAUUCCAGUGUGGUCUUUUUUUCUUUCCUGGUGGCAGUCUUUAUUUUUUGUUUUCCAGAAUAGAAUGGUGAUUCUUAAAAUAAGUUAAAGAAAAAAACAACCACCAUAAAUGGGUAUGAAUCACAAGCAGUAUUAUUUGAGCAGGAACGGUGUGACAAAAUAUAAAUAUAUCAAAAGGAUAGAAAUGAAGUCUUUGCAGAAGGAUCUUUAUUUUUCUCUGAGAUCUGUAAAGAAAUACCUGACCACUGUAUCUGAGUUUGUCCUCAAAUUGUCAAUAAAUGCAUCAAAAGAGCAUGUGAGUCCAUUUUUGAAGAUGUAUUUUCAGUAGCUGUCAACAACGUGGAUGGAAGCACAAGGCAAGUCACUCCAAAGCCUCCCUCAAGAUGGUCUGAUGAGAAAUGUCCAUUUUUACCUCUACUCAGGGCUCAGAGUUACCCUGGGUGUUUUUGUUUUUUAAAUGGGGUAGUUUCUGAAGGGAUUAAAAAAAAAAAAAAGCAAACCCUUAUCCAAAAAAAUCUCCCAGUUACUUUCUCUCUUUGUUAGCAAACUUCCCUGAUAUAAAUGUCUAAAACAGAUGUUGAGUUGGGGAAAGGUCAGCAGCAUUUAGGUCAUUUCUCUAUCUCAAAAGUCAUGCUGGAGCCCUGUUGACAGUGGUUAAGAGCUUGGCUGCUAACCAAAAGUCAGUAGUUCAAAUCCACCAGCCGUUCCUUGGAAACCCUACGGGGGCAGUUCUACUCUGUCCUUAUAGGGUCACUAUGAGUCAGAAUCGACUCCAUGGCAAUGGGCAAUGAAUGCAUGCGAAAGGUGGGCAACGAAUAAGAAAGACCAAAGAAGAACUGAUACCCUUGAAUUAUGAUGUUGGCAAAGAAUAUUGAAUAUACCGUGGACUGCCAGAAGAACCAACAAAUCUGCCUUUGAGGUAAUACAGCCAGAAUGCU